GGUUGAUCUGAAGAUUGGGCUUACGUCUAAUCCCCGAAGUGUUCUUUCUCACGCCGUUGAACGCAACCUUGAGGCUAUUGUCGAUCAGCUUCUCGCUAAAAACGUCCGCGUCCUCGAAACACUGCCUGUGAAAGUGUCGCUGAACAGAACUUUCGGCGACACGUGUCAUUUGGACGUUCUUGACGGUGCUGUGGUUCAGGGGAAUUCGCACAUCAUGGAGAAAGUGUUCAACCAAGCACAGGGCUUUGACUUCAAGUCAGAUGAAGGUCGGUAUCUGAUCUGCAUAGCUGCGUACUUUGUCUCACUCAGUGGUCUGAAAUCCCUUACCCACAAUGGAGUGGAGGCGGAUGGCGCAGAUACAACUGGAAGAACACCACUAUCCUACAUUGCCGAGGGGCUAAACCUCCGGGACCCUCAUGGCCUACGCAACCUGAAUGACACGUAUAAGGGGCUUUUGGAAAGUAGCAGCCGUCGAAGUGAGCGGACGUCAUUUGAACGAGCUCUGGAGUGCGCGCAACUACUGAUUGACAAUGGGGCACAAGUUGAUCUCAGCGACAAACAUGGACGCACCGCAUUAUCAUACGCUAGUCUUAGUCCAGAGUACACAAGCUGGUGUCUGCAACAUAAGGCCAGCGUAAGUUCUCAGGACCUCAUUGGAAGAACACCUCUUUCCUAUGCUUCUCAGAUCGAUAGCGGAAACGGUUCAGUUGUUGGGAUGCUUCUCAGACAUGGAGCAGACCCGAAUUCAAGGGAUGUUGCAGGAAGAACCCCCCUGUGGUUCGCGGUUCAUCCCGGAUCCUCGGGUAACGUCAGUCGUCUCAGACACGCCUGUAAGGAUUCGUCCUUGGUCAUUUCUAAGGAUAUUUUUUGGGAAGAAUGCCAUCACUAUGUCAGUCGUAAGUGGCUUGAUCGCUGGUACUGAUUCGGUCCCUUCGUAUCUUGAAGAGUUACUUCGUUUCAAUGCCAAUCCAUCAGAGGGACCAGAGAUUUUGAACCAAGCACUGCUUCUGGCGGCCAAAUUCGGCCGCAGGAAACUCUAUGAGAUGCUUCUGAAGAAGGCAUUCUCAAUCAGAUACCAAGUGCCCCUCCAACUCGACUGCUUUGCCCGAGGCAUGAUAGAACAGCAGGGCGUUUGGGGCCGCAUUUGCUCACUUGGCUGUCGGCCAAUAAUUCCGAAGGUUGACUUUGAAGUCUGUAAUGAUUGCAAAGUCAUCGUCUGCUUGACGUGCCGACGCCGAGGGAAUCAUAUGAUACAGCCCUGCGAACCAGCCCCGGAACAUCACAGUAUGCUGGGACAAAAGAUGAGAAAUGGCCCGGAUGGCAUACAAACCCUGAAGGCCAAACACAAAAA